GUCUCUUCGAGCGCACGUAUCACAGAAACUGUCUCUCGGCUACCCGAACAUCCAGUUCAAUACGCGCCCGUAUGCUAUCUCGCUCAGACCCACACACAAUACGAAUACCUGAAAAAUCGAUGCACACGAGAAAAUCCAAAUUUUUAAUAUUGUCUGGCCAGCUAAAACCACGACCAAAAACAACAACUACCAUUAACGUUAGUAAAAGGCAUUGUACUUACAACGUUUUGUUAUUUGGCCAACAGCAUUAAAUUGUUAGAAUGUCGCGCCUAACGGAGGAAAUGGUGAUUGCCCGUGCAAAGCAAUCGGAUCUGAGUCUAAUUAAAAAACUAAAUUGCUGGGGCAGUGAUCUCACCGAUGUCAAUAUAAUCAAACGCAUGCGUGGUGUUGAAGUUCUGGCGCUUAGCGUCAACAAAAUCUCCACUUUGGCACCCUUUGAAGACUGCACAAAACUACAGGAGUUGUAUUUAAGAAAGAACAAUAUACAAAAUAUCAAUGAAAUUGCUUAUCUACAAAAUCUGCCAGCGCUUAAAUAUCUGUGGCUGGAAGAGAACCCAUGCUGCGAGCGGGUGGGACCAAACUAUCGUGCAAUGGUUUUACGCGCAUUGCCCAACCUCAAGAAACUUGAUAAUGUGGAAGUCACUCAGGAGGAGAUCGAUGAUGCUUUGCGCAGCGGCGGCGCACAAGUGACCGAGGAUGAUGUCUAUGAGGAUGCCUAUGAGGCAAGACAGCAACAGCAGCGUACAUCACCCCAGCAGAUACAUCAGCAGCCACAGCAGCAGCAGCAAAGCUAUCCACAGCACUCACCUCCGGAGCAGCACCAACCACAUCGGCCAGCACAACAACAGCAGCAACAACAACAACAACAGCAGCAGCAGCAGCAGCAUAGGAGCAGCUCCAGUCCCAUGAAAGAGCCGCCACAAUUAGCAAGUCCACUUGCUAAUAACAUCGAUGGAACUCCGACUUUAACCAAUAAUGUCAGCGAUUUAUAUAUCAAUCAAUUGCAAAACUCAAUGCCCCCAACACCCACAAAGGAACCCGCACAUCCGCCAUCGCCCAAAUAUAACACCAUUACUAAAGAGCAACGCACUUCCAUUCAUCAAUAUGAUCAAUCGCCGGGCUCCGAUCAGGAGAGCCCGAAUGUUGGCUACAGAGAGACGCGUCCAACGCCUCUGCCACCCAGCAUGUCCACACACUCGAUGAAGGAAUACUAUCAGACGGAUCGGCAACCAUAUCCGGCGCAUUAUCGUCACAGUCAAACCGAUCUGACCGAAUGGGAGGAGCAUCAACAGCAUCAGGCACCCCAGGUUCAUCACAAUCCCUAUGGCAGCACAAUGCAGUUGCAUUAUCCACAGCGUCGCAGUGCCGGACCCGAGACUGGACCCGAUCGUUAUGCCUAUAGAAAUGGAAGUGCGCGAGAGAAUGGUGGCGAAUGGGAAGGGGAAGAGCGACCCCGAUCUAGACGUCCCGAGGGUCGCUACAGUGAUUCGGUUAGCAACGUUUCGGCUACAGUCAUGAAUCAUUUUGCAGGCUGUCAUCGACGGCCCGUGAAUCGAAACUCCAAUUUGCUGUCUGCCACAUUGUGCUUGGUCAAGGAACUGGAUUAUGGCAGCCUGGAGGUAUUGGAGCACGCAGUCCGCUGUCGCAUCGAUGAGCUGGCGGGCGAAUGAUGAAGACGAAUAUCUAAUCGCAUGUCGAUUAGCUAACUCACUCGAAAUUCUAAAUGAUAAUUGCAAGACGGAUGUUAGGUAAAGAUAAAAAGACACUCAAACACUGACGACUCGAAUUAUUGUACUAACAAUUCUAACGAAUUACAAACAAAACAAAAAUAUUUCAACUAUACUUGCCAAUUGUAACUGUAAUAAUGUUAACUUUUAUAAGCAUUGAUAAAAUGCAUAUUUUGCUAAGUGAAUAAUGUGUUUAGGUAAAUUACAUAUACAAUACAUACACACAUCCAUACAUAUAUACAUACAUACAUAUAAAAAUACAAACGUACAAUAUGCAUAUGAGAAUUAUUAGAAAUUGUAUCAACUAAAUAAGAACUUAUACGCUAUCGACGUUUAUUCAAAUUUCAAUUUGUUUGUUAUCCAAGCGUAUUUCGUUUUUAUAUUGUUUUCUACACUAGACACCAGUUCAAAGAGAUCGAAAUAAUAUUAAUAACGCCACACUAGCCUUAUUUUGUACUUAACAAGAAAACAAAAGAAAAAACAAAAAACACUAACGUCUAAGGCGUAAAGCACAAUACUUGCAUCUUCCUUGUUUUUAUAAAUUAGUUUAAAUGUUUAACUCAAGAAUUUUUGGCAACUAAAUUGAUCUUGCCGAACCUUUUUGUUAAAUAAUUGUACACGACUUAAUUAAACACUAAUGAGUUUACGUAACUUGAUUUUUAUAUAAUGUGAAACACGUCCACUCUAAGUAUAUAUUUUCUUUUACAAAAUGCGUAUGAAAAUAUUGAAAUAAACAUAUUAACAAUGGAAUUAUUAAAA